AUGGAGGAUAUGGAAGUCAUUAAAGAACGAACACAUGAAAAAACACAUGGACAAGAAGACGCGGACUGUGCUGAGGCUGCAGCUGUGGUCCCAUCAGAAACUGCACAUUUCAAAGUGGCCACAGUUUUUCUGGCAAUUGUCAGUUUCGUUUUGUUCUCGACGGCCGUGGGAGUCGGGGCCAGAUAUGGAGCAGUGCUUGUCGAGCUGAAGGGACUCUGGUUGAAGUCCACUCUGCAGACAGACGCUCUGCAGAUCUCCACUCUGCAGAUAGAUGCUCAGCAGAUCCACAUCUGGAACCUGACGGAAGAGAGAGACCAGAUCAACUCCAGUUACGUCUCUGUGAUGAAAGAGCUGGACCAGACCAAGGACAAAAUGGCCUCCACUGCAGCCGUGUCCUGUGCAGAUGGAUGGAGACUGUUUGGCUUCAAGUGUUAUUAUUUGUCUCAAAUAUCGUACACUUGGAGCAACGCCAGGAGACAAUGUUACUACCAAGGAGCAGACCUGGUUGUGAUUGAAGGUCGUGAUGAAAUGGUGAGGGCCUUGCCUGCCUCAUCUGACCGCACGUCACUGGGCUACACAACACAAUGA